GAUGACCAGCUCCUGGAUGAUGGCAAGACACUAGGCGAGUGCGGCUUUACCAGCCAGACGGCGCGGCCACAGGCCCCAGCCACGGUGGGGCUGGCCUUCCGUGCAGAUGAGACUUUUGAGGCUCUCCGCAUCGAGCCCUUCUCCAGCCCCCCGGAGCUGCCUGACGUAAUGAAGCCCCAAGACUCAGGAAGCAGUGCGAACGAACAAGCUGUACAGUGAGGGCCCUUGGCCUGUCCUUUAGAGGCCAAAUUCCCUCCCCCCAAUAAAAAAGAUUUGGGUGUCUGCCUG